CCCAUAUGAUUCACGUGAUGGCUGGCAGGUGAAAGACGAAGGGAGAUAAUAAACUGCUCGUCAAGUCUGCAUUCUACGUCGCAGAAACCCGCACAUUUUCCAACGUCUGCAAACAAGUGGGGCCUAGCAAGGGCUCUUUCAAGCGCUGGCCACGAGCAAGUCGCGAGGCGCUGAAUGAGUGAGGGCCGCUGCUCGCCCGCCGAGGACUCGCAGAAAGCUUCGACAUCAGCCUCGUCGCCUCCCUCGGGACGCGCCAUCAGCAGUCCUGGCCGGACAGACCCGGCCUGCGUAGACAACAACUGCCGCCCGGACGAAACCAUUUCGGGCCGACGACUGCUCUCCUCCUCGAGCUCGGUCGACGAGGAGGUAGGGCCAGAAGCAGGAGUACCGUCUGUGGCCUUCAACGGCAACAACGGCCUCCAGACGACUAUGGACUCGCCUUCGAGGCACACUAGGGAAUCGCAGCCCCUGCUCGGACGAACCGAGUCGGACAUCACAUUCAACCAUUUUCCGGAUGACCCAGUUUUUUCGGAACUAUUAAAAAAUACUGAAAAUGCCAUGGAUAGGGGCGUUCUGCCUGAGCGGAUUUAUCAGGGCUCAAGUGGAAGUUACUUUGUUAAAAAUGUUGAAGGGAAAAUUGUGGGAGUGUUCAAGCCAAAAGAUGAGGAGCCUUAUGGCCGUCUGAACCCAAAGUGGACCAAGUGGAUGCACAAAUUGUGCUGUCCCUGCUGCUUUGGCCGAUCGUGUCUUAUUCCUAAUCAGGGUUAUCUGUCCGAGGCUGGAGCUAGCCUUGUCGACACAAAGCUUGGCCUCAAAGUUGUACCAACUACAAAGGUAGUGAAAUUGGUUAGCGAAACUUUCAACUAUUCUCGAAUUGACCGUCAAAAAGCUAAAGUGAAGCGCAACAUUGACAAGCAUUUCCCCAAUGUUGGUCGCCACUUCCACCGAAUUGGUCUGAGGCCAAAGGUGGGUUCAUUCCAAUUGUUUGUUGAUGGCUACAAGGAUGCCGACUUCUGGCUGAGGCGCUUUGAAAGUGAGCCACCAAACGUGGAUGUCCAACGUCAAUUCCAAUUACAGUUUGAACGGCUGGUCGUUCUUGAUUACAUUAUCAGGAACACGGACCGUGGAAAUGACAACUGGCUCAUCAGAUAUGACUCCCCUACGACAAAGAAUGGACAAGUGCAAACCCAACCAGGGGAAAUGCGAGAAACAACGCAGAGUUGGUCUGGAAGUCAGCAAAUCCUGAUCGCAGCCAUAGACAAUGGCUUGGCUUUUCCAUUCAAGCACCCGGACUCGUGGCGUGCCUAUCCUUAUCACUGGGCAUGGUUGCCUCAGGCCAAAGUGCCCUUCAGUGCCGAAACACGUGAGCUCGUCCUGCCUUUACUCUCUGACCUCAAUUUUGUCCAGGACCUCUGCGACGACCUCUUUAUUCUGUUCAAGCAAGAUAAAGGCUUCGAUCGACAUCUUUUUGAGAAGCAAAUGUCAGUGAUGAGAGGCCAAAUCCUCAACUUGACACAGGCUCUGAAAGAUGGAAAGAGUCCUGUGCAGUUGGUGCAAAUGCCAGCAGUCAUUGUGGAAAGAUCUAAAGGCCACGUGGGAACAACAACUCGUUUCAGAGACUUCAGCAACCAAUUCACCCAGAAGUUCCAAAAGAGGAAUCCAAUUUUCUCAUGGUGCUAACACUUGGCCAGUUCAUUCAGUGCCCAGACAAACUUCAAUUUAUACUAAAAGUCAACGCUGUAAAUAUGAUCGGUUUUAGGCUUUUAAUUGUGAUUUAUUAUAUCAACUAUGAGCAUUGUGUUUUGUGUACUAUGCGCCACACAAGAGACUGUGAUCUUGUAGCCCAAUUGUCCCAAAAUUUGUAACCAGCUCUCUCAAUCAAAAGAGGUAGCUGAUUUGUGCCCUUUCGUAGAUUUUGCCCAUUUUGCCUAUAUGAUUUUUUGUUCAAUUUGUAGCCAUUAUUUGCUUUGCAUGUUUUUCUAGACCAUUUAUUUGCUAGUCAGCCCAGCACAUAAUGUUAAGAAUUUUUGGGGUUGCAUCAAUACAAGUUGAGUUGGGAUUAAAAAUUUAUUGUGGAGAAAUUGAACUAAUAACUUUGGCACUAAAAUCUGAGCUCAACUAAACAUAAUGUAGGCGAUGACAAAGUGGGGCAUAAACUCAAACUACACUCACUGAAAAGAAAAGUUAAUUGCACAGUCAAAAAUUUAUCUCACAAUCCCCUCCCCUACCUGAAAAGUUAUCAUGUGAUAAUUUAUAAUUUUUAUGCAUUUUAGCUAUAAUUUUGUAUAUAACUAGCUCAGCAACUUGCUUGUUAAAUAAAUUUCCAAUGCUAAAAUGCAAGAUGACAUUUUCUAUGCAAAUUUCAAGUCUACGAUGGUUAAUUUCAAAAGUCCACUCGUUACACAGUCAUUGCGCUUAAAAUAGGUAUUAUUAACUGAACAAACUUUGUUUCAUUAUGGGAAAUAAAUGAUUGAUUUUUGUGCAGUAAUGACUGCGGACUUAAAAGCACCCAUACAUAUAAAAUGCUGAAUUAUUGUGAACUUAAAUAAACUUAACUAUCAUAUUGGCAGAUAA